CCAAUGGCUGUGUCGAGCCUGACUCGGGCCUUAGGGGCCCUGCUGCUGUCUUCUGCCCCGAGCCUCCCGCAGAGAGCCCAAGCUCCCAGGCUGGUCUGCCUUGGGGGGAACCUCCUCCCUCCGUGCCAUGGAUUCAGCACUUCCUCCACCCUCUCCACCAACGACCCCAUGUGGAAAUGCAGGAUCAAAUACACCACCAGACCCAUUGGCAUGAAAAAGACAGGUGGCCGUGAUCACACAGGUCGUAUCGCUGUGCAUGGGAUCGGCGGGGGGCACAAGCAGCGCUACCGCAUGAUUGACUUCCAGCGACUGCGCUAUGUACCUGGGGCCGAGUCCGGCCCCUACGAGGAGAAGGUGAUCCAGGUCCGCUACGACCCCUGCAGGUCGGCUGAUAUCGCCCUGGUGGCUGGCGGCAAGCAGAAACGCUGGAUCAUUGCGACAGAAAACAUGCAGCCUGGUGACCUCCUCAAAACCUCAGGGCACAUAGGCAGGAUGGCAGUCUCUGCCAAUGAGGGGGAUGCAUACCCAUUGGGAGCUCUGCCUGUGGGGACCCUGAUCAAUAACCUGGAAAGCCACCCUGGGAAAGGAGCGCAGUACAUCCGAGCAGCAGGGACCUGUGGGUGCUGGUCUGAGGUGACUGGUGGGGGGGUGCCCAGCCCCGGGGAGGUGGGGAUCUGCAGGUGCUGGUCUGAGGUGGCCAGCGGGGGGGUGCCCAGUUCCGGAGAGGCAGGGACCUGCGGGUGCUGGUCUGAGGUGACCGGUGGGGGGUGCCCAGCCCUGGGGAGGCAAGGACCUGUGGGUGCUGUGGUACCAGGGAACCAAUGCUGAUUCCAGGCUGGUAUCCUGGGCCUUUGCCCUCCUUCACCAUCUUGGUUCAAGGUCCCUGUUCUGGCAGCUCUGCCCCAGGAUGGGGAGAAUAUUUCCUAUUGCUUUGCCGGUUAUACAGCUCUCCCCUAGCCUCAGUUGUGAGGCCUGACAUCCCAAAACAGCAACUCCUGCUUGGGGAAGGAGCUAAUAUCUUGUCCCAGUGGGUGAGCAGUGCUCCCAGCAGGGCACUCCCAGGGCGUAGGGCCCUUCCCAAAGCUAUCUGCCUGCCCCAGGCCAGGGGGCAGGGGUUCCUUACCCGUUGAGUCUGGAACACUCCCUUCUUGUGAGUAUGAAAAUCCCGAGUGCCUUUGUCCCCUCCCGCCCGCCUCCUUCAGUGACAAGGGAAGAGGUGAGGGCUCUGUGCAUCUGGGAUGGAGCCACUUCUCUCUGAGGCACUGCAGAGGGCUUCAGCUGGUUUGCUGGCAAGGGAUCAUUUGCUAAGGGAGGAGGUUGCUGGCAA